AUGACUACUGGUGGCUUCCUCAGUCCUAAACUCUAUGUACCUCGCAACAUUUGGUAUCAAAAGACAGCUGUCCGACUUCCUGCUAUUGAUGCCAAGAUUCAUGCAUGUCAGACUCUUUCCCAGACAUUGGAUCGAAUGGUAGCCCAAUCCAAAAGUGGCAAGCUCACAUUGCUGGUCGAGCUUGGUGGACGUGUCGAGAAGGGUGAAAAGGAUAGAGCGAUGCUUCUUCAUGAACUAGCAGCCCUUGAGAACUUGACUCAGGAACUGUGGGUGAAGCUGAGCAAGAAAAUGUCAUUUAUUCAUCGACCUAAUAAGAAUCAGAGUGUGGGUAGUGGCAGCGCAAACGGGGGCACUCUGAUGCUGGGCUUACAGCAACAGGGAUAUCGCCCAUCCCAUCUUUACCAAAACCAAGCACUUUAUAAUCCUUCAACGCAAACACACCGUCAUGGGGAUCAAAACCAAUCGGAUGAGCAUGGGCCUUCUUCCGCUUCAGAUCCAUAUAGCUGGCUUGGCUCAGAAGAGAUGUGGGCCUCAACAUUACAGUCUGGAGGACUGACCGCUGGGUCAAUAUCCUCGGGAUCAGUCUCCUCUGGUACCUUGACGGGCUCUUCCAUGGUAACUUCACCGGUUUCAGAGAAAGGUAGCGGGAACAACAACAACACUAGCCAUAAAAGAGUGACUUCUGGUGGUGCUGCCAGCGAUCUAAAGAGCCAGUGGAAGAGUUUUUCAAAGUCGGUGCAAAAGUCCAUCGCCACUGACAAAAUUGAGGAUACCACCAGCUACACAGAGGCUUUAAUUCAGCUAUUCCAAUCUAGUUACAUCUUGGAGAGUAUGCUCAAACAUUUUGAAGCCUUACCACCACAUCAAACUCAUUUCAAGAUCCUGGGUCGACUCCAACGGAUUAGUGAUUUCUACAACUUAGUUGUGUGUGCGUUUGUAAUCCGUGAUCUGGGUGAACUCAUGUCAAAAUAUGUAAAGCGCAUGGGCGCAGCAGUUGCUGAGUAA